CAUUUAUUGUAAUAUUGAAAUAGUCCCUCCUCUUCUUGCUCUUACUCACAUCCACUCCUCCUGUCAGAUGCUGGAUUGCCUGUUUGGAAAACUUGUGCUGCAGUGUAAUAAUUGAAGAAUAAAACCAACUUAACUUUAAGCAGCGCGUCAAGUCUGCUCUCAGUCCCACGAAGAAGAAGGACUUCCGGCAGCGCUUGAAGUUAGCAUCACAGAAACACAGGAAUGGCUGCACCUCCUAAAAGGCGAUAUUCAUCUGUAUCCCGAAGGACCGCUCCUGACAAGAAACCACAUUCAACGGCAAAGAAAAGAAGCGACACGAAUAAAUCUCGAUGUGCCUUUCCACCGCUGGAGACAGUUAACUUUCCUGUUAGCCCGAUUUCUCUUCACUACAACAUCCCAACUCCUACUGACGUCACCACUCUCAGCGUCAAAGUAAAACCAGAGGCCAGCUGCAUCAGCACAUCUCACAAGCCCAGACUCACUCUGAACGUCACCUCCUUAUAUAGUGGAAAGGAGACAACUACCAACAUGGUGAUCCUUGAUAUCAAAAUGCUUUCUGGCUUUGUCCCAGACCCAGAGUCUCUGAAACGGCUCCAAGAUGCUUUGCUGGUGGACCGUGUUGAACAAAAGCAAGACCACGUUAUGGUCUACAUUCGGGAGUUACCAAAGGACAUAGCCAUCAACCACAGCUUAGAGCUCAUACAGGAGCUCCCAGUGCAGAACCUGAAGCCAGCCGUGGUCAAGAUCUAUGACUACUACCAGCCAAGUGACCAGGCUGAGACUGAAUACAUCUCCCCUUGUGCUGCAGGAAACAAUCUAGAAUAACAUGCUGUUAUUACAGAAACAAAAAAUUCAACAACAUAUAAUAUACAACAUACAAAAUGUUUUAAGUUUUCCUCUAACCUACAGGGGUGAUUGUAUAACUUUUAUUUUUUUAAUUUUUAUGAUGAAAAGUCUCACUAUAUUAUAUUAAACUAUAUUUAAUAUAAUGUAAAAUAAAACUAAAGUCUCCUGAUGAUUUUUCCUUUCAUUUGCAGCUUUAAGACUGAUGUGUUCUCUGUGAUUCAAGUAAAACCUUUAAUAAAUAAUAAUAAUAUAAUUACAUGUCUGUUUGUGUAUAUGUACCUGCAUUAUUCUGGCCACUAUAGGAGAGUGAAACAAGUUGUCAGGGGAACCUGCUGACUGCUUCUCGUGCUUUGCUCAUAUUCAUAAAACUUCUCAUACACUCUGUAGAAACUGGUGUUUUUUUAUGUACUUGUGAGUAAAAUAUCUGUUAUCUCCCCUCAGGACAACAGGCAGCCACUAGAGGGCGCUGGUGCACAGACUCUGCCACAGCCCUUUAAAGUAUCUGCUCAUGUUCAUGUUUCGUGUGUCCAUCUGUUUGUGGGACCAUUUCCUAAACAUGACAAACUGUGGUCGUGCUUUUUGUGUUUAGCACCUUUGUAGAUUUUUUGCUCUCUAACUUCUUUCUACAUCAUAAAGUCGUAUUAUAUUCAAAUCUUCAAAAUCUAUUUUUACUUUAUAAUUUUUUUUCCCCCACUGGAUUUAAUGUUGAUGAAGCUUCUGGAAUAAAACCAAACUUACUUCUAUUUGUUUUACUCUAAAAUGUAUUUCUGUAUUUUUGGCAUCAGCUGAAAAAAAGCCAUGAAAUAUACAGUAUGUGCAAGGGAGAGUUUAGCCAAUCAUUUAGCAAAAUCUGAUUAAUGUUCAUUGAACUGAUAGAUUGAUCAAUUACACACAAAAAUGUGUCUAUAAUGUCUCUAAUUCCCUCAUAUUGACAAUUGAUGAAUGUAAUGUUCCACUUUAUUUUAUAUAAAAACUAUGUUGUUUCUCA